UUUGGUAAACAUCAAUGGUGAAAUAUCAAAAUCGUUAUCUUCGAGAAAAACCGCUUUUCCCCCAAACUCAAGUUUCAUCUUAAAUCAAAAAUCUAAUCGUCUCCCUCUCUUUUACGAAAAGGGUCACUUUCUGCAAAACCAGAUAAUUUACCAAAUUUCUGAAUUUUUCGGUUUCUUCUGCAAGUUUCCAUGUUUUGUUCGCUGUAACUGCAUUUCAAUGGAUUCGUCGAAGAAACUUCCGUUUCCAGACCAGAUUCUGUCUUCGAGAAGAAGAAACAUCUUGACCAGAUUCGGUCUAGGAAUCGCUGCUUCUCUCGUUCUCCUCACACUUCUCUCUCUCUCUAACUCCUCCUUCAAUGUCCCCUUUGUCUCUCCUCUGCUUCAAGGUCUCAAAAACUCCAAUCUGAACAUCCCUUCUUCUGUAAAUCAAGUCGACGAGAAGCCUGAAGUAGUAAAUCUCACCGACAAUGUCCCAGAUGUCAAAGUUCCAAACUUUGAUGCCGAACAAAGAUCUGGAGAUACUAGUUCGAAGAACACAAGUUUGUCUGGAGAAGGUGAAGUUGCAAGCUUUGAUUCCGAACAAAGAUCUGAAAAAACAGUGAAGAACUCGAGCUUAGUCGAUGAAGAUGGGACUAAAGUCUCUACCGCAAAUGACGAAAACACCCUCGAAUCAAAUGCUACGAUAAGUGUGGGCAAUAGCUCGAGCUUGGUGUCCGAUUCGGGAGGUGGGUUUGUGCCAUCAAACUCGAGCGAAGAGGAUAAUGGCUCUGUGGAAACAGAUCGAAGCAGAGGUUCUUACGAGGAUUGUGAUAUCUACGAUGGAAACUGGGUGAGAGCUGAUGAUGAGACAAUGCCUUAUUACCCACCUGGUUCGUGUCCGUACAUAGACAGAGAUUUCAACUGUCACGCCAAUGGAAGACCUGAUGAUGCUUAUGUUAAAUGGAAAUGGCAGCCAAAUGGUUGUGACAUUCCCAGGUUGAACGGGACUGAUUUUCUGGAGAAGCUAAGAGGGAAGAAGCUGGUUUUCGUUGGGGAUUCGAUAAACCGGAACAUGUGGGAAUCUCUGGUUUGCGUUCUUCGACAUAGCCUCAAGGACAAGAAACGAGUGUAUGAGAUCUCAGGGAGAAGAGAGUUCAAGAAGAGAGGCUUUUACGCUUUUAGAUUCGAGGACUAUAAUUGCACGGUGGAUUUUGUUGGCUCUCCCUUUUUCGUAAGGGAAUCAAGUUUCAAAGGAGUGAACGGGACGAGAUUGGAGACGUUAAGGUUGGAUUUGAUGGACAAGACGACGUCCAUGUAUAAAGAUGCUGAUAUACUGAUUUUCAACACUGGUCAUUGGUGGACUCAUGACAAAACAAAGCUAGGAGAAAACUAUUACCAAGAAGGUAACGUUGUGUACCCGAGGCUCAAGGUUCUUGAAGCUUAUAAACGAGCUCUCGCCACUUGGGCUAAAUGGGUCGAUAAGAACAUCAACCGCAAUCAAACCCAUGUUGUAUUUAGAGGCUAUUCCGUUACACAUUUCAGAGGAGGGCCAUGGAACUCAGGAGGACAAUGCCAUAAAGAAACAGAACCGUUCUUCAACACGAGUUACUUGAAAAAGUAUCCUUCGAAGAUGAGAGCUCUCGAGUACAUUCUGCGUGAUACAAUGAAAACUCCGGUGAUAUACAUGAACAUUAGCCGGUUAACGGAUUUCAGAAAAGAUGGUCACCCGGCUAUUUACAGGAUGGUGUACAGGACGGAUAAGGAGAAAAGAGAGGCCGUGAGUCACCAAGAUUGUAGCCAUUGGUGCUUGCCUGGUGUACCGGACACAUGGAACCAACUCUUGUACGUAUCACUGUUAAAGGCCGGGCUAGCGUCUAAGUGGUAGAAACAAAGUUCUUUGGCUUUGUAUCAUUGUUUGUAUUGUUUGCAGUUGUAAAGUAUAAACGUAGCAAAACAAAUCUCCCUUAUAGAAAAAAAAGGAGGAUUUUCUCUUUUUGGACUAUCUUUUUGUGUCAAUGUACCCAAAAAAUCACAAUUUUACUCGUUGCUAGGGAUUUGUGU